AUGACAAUCAACGUUCAGCCCACUCUGCACACUUCACGCCUGGAACUAGUCCCCCUGGGCCACGAGCAUCGCGAGUUCACGAUGAAGUUGGACAUGGACCCAGAGGUCAUGAAGAUGGUCGCCUUCGGCCGGCCAUUUACCGAAGACGAAGCGAUCCAGGUUCAUACCUGGCUGAUGAACUGCGCAACGUCUGUGCCUGGUUUUGGAACCUGGGCCGGCUUUGCCCAAGGCGAGUUCGUGGGUUGGUGGAUACUGGCUCCCGUUCCCACGAAGGAAAACCCCGAGAGGUUCAUGACCGAUCGAACGGAGUAUGGCUUCCGAGUAUCGCCGAAGUUUUGGGGCCAAGGGUACGCGAAGGAGGGGGGUCGGGAGAUGGUUCGCUAUGCCUUCGAGGAACUUGGUCUGGCGGAGGUGAUUGGCGAGACGAUGACUAUCAACAUGGCUUCUCGGGCGGUUAUGGCCGGGUGCGGGUUGACGCACGUUGAGACCUUUUUCAACAAGUACGAUACUCCGCCGCCAGGGAUUGAGGAAGGGGAGGUGCGGUAUUCGAUCACCAGGGAGGAAUGGUUGCGUAUGGAAAAAUCCAGCAUGACCCAAAGUCGCUGGUUUCCGGCUUUCGCCAGCUGGCCGCCACGAAUGCUCCUGUCCAGGCUCUGGUCAUAUUUUUCCAACGGCCUACGCUCGUAG